AUGUGCUCUAGUCAGGAGAAGUGUAGUCAUUGUCAUUGGAGACGAUCUGAACCAUAUUUAGUGACUUUACCAUCACAACCUUUGGGUAUACAAAAGUUAAAAGAACUUUUGAAUUAUCCCUCCGGUUCAUGUUGCUCUAUGAGUGAGUCUUGCAAUUGUAAUACUCAUUCAUCUCAUUCUCCUAAUAAUCAUGAUUUGGAAAGUAACCAUUUUUCAAAUAGUGGAAUCAUUGAGGAUGAUCGAGAUGGGUGUCAAAAUUGUACAGAUAAACCUAACAAUAAUAAUAAUAGCAAUAAUGAAAACAGCUAUGCCAAUAACCUCUCAUCAAAUUACUGUACACAAAAUGGAAUCCAUAUACAGUCAUUUACUUCGUGCCAUACAACUCAAUGUGAUACAGUUUCAACCCAGAGUCAGCCUUCAAAGACUAAUACGGUUAUAACUGACUCCUCUCACUUAAAGAUAUGCCAUGACAUAACAAAUGAAAGCAAUAAAGUAAUAGCUAAUAAUGUCAAUACGCUGUUAAAUACAACUCAACCGGUAUGCGCACAAAAUGUUAAUCAGCCAAUAGUUCCUUCCGUUGUAAAUUCUAAUGUGAUCAAUACAGCUGCUCGCCGACGUAGGCGCCUACCAAGUAGUUGGUCUACUCUAAGUUCAACACUGAUUGGCAAUACAGAUGUAUCAGGAAAUACCACUAAUGGUCACACGUUGAGUAACAUGUUUACCAAUAAUAGACGCCAAACUCAGUUAAAUCAACGUCCAUCCAAAGGCAAUAGCACUCAUCAUGCUUAUAUCCCAUAUCAAGUUACACCGACGGUUAUUCCAGGAUAUCUUUGGCUCGUUCAUGUGUCGUUUUAG